UCCAAGAUGGCGUCUCCCCUGUGAGGUGUUUGUGUGUGGAGCUCGCUGAGGGAGCUGUGUCGGGAAGAUGAUUGGGUCCCCGGACCUGGUGGCCUUCACGAGGGAGGAGGAGUAUGAGGAACAGCUGCAGAGCCCCCCUGGGCUCCCCGAGGAGUACACAGUGCCCCUAUUCCCCUUCCCUGACCCGGAUAGCAGCCCCUGGUCCAGGCUCUCAGGGGCCAAAUUCACCAGGGACUUUAUCCUCAUCUCUGAAUUCUCCGAGCAGGUGGGGCCCCAGCCCCUGCUCACCAUCCCUGAGGACCAGAGCGUCCGAGGGGUCUUUGACCUCAACUAUUUCUCCCUGCGCAUCAUGUCUGUGGACUACCAAGCCUCCUUUGUUGGGCACCCACCUGGAUCCUCCUACCCAAAACUCAACUUCGUGGAGGACUCCAAGGUGGUCCUGGGGGACUCCAAGGAAGGGGCAUUCGCUUACGUCCAUCACCUGACACUGUAUGACUUGGAGGCGCGGGGUUUCGUGCGACCCUUCUGCAUGGCCUAUAUCUCCGCAGAUGAGGAGAAGAUCAUGCAACUGUUUUUGGAUCUCUCCAAUGACUUCUCCAAGGCCUCGGAUUGUCUUAAGACUGGUAACAGAAAGGCGUUCGCCAACGAACUGGAAAAGAAGCUUAAAGAUUUGGAUUACACCCGGUCUAUAUUGCUGGCCCACUUGGAAGAGCAGAGGAAGACGGAUGACAAGGGAUUUUACACGACACAGGCCAUUGACAAGGCCAACGAACUUGCCAAUGUGGAGAAAUCGAUUAUUGAACACCAGGACCUUUUGAAACAGAUACAGUUGUAUCCGUAUAGAAAGUUGAAACCCAAUGAAGAUUUUCAACCGUAUUCUCCAGAACGUGUGCCCAAUGACACUCUGACUAGUGAUUCUGAACAGACUGUCACUUUUUCUGACACAGAGGAAAACCCUCCAGAAGAGGAGGCAAAUGCCUAUCCUACUAGAUUAGCAUACACGCCAAAAUUCAUAAUGGCAAAAUCUGCCAAAAGUUUUGCUAAAAAAUUGAAAACUUUAGAGGAACUUGUUGAUGUAUACUUCUUUACACAAACAAUAGAUUUGCUCACAAGGUUAGAAAAACGGUAUAGAGGUGAUAUAAGCUACCUUUUAAUGCGUCACCUUGAUAAUACCCUGUUGGCGCAGCAACAAAUUUCAAACUUCUUGUUUGAAGAUGUGUCCACUUGGAGUCCAAAUGUGCCUGAUAAGCGUUACGAGGAUAAACUGGAAGUUUCUCAAAAUUUGCACAAUUCCAAAUGUUUGGAGGAGCCAGAGUCUCUUAAACCUUCAGCGAGUUUGGAAUCCUACAAGUCAAGUGUAGAGUCAGUCCCUAUAAAAAUUGAACAGGACUUGUUUAAUGAAAAUUGUUGUACAGAGCAGUUGGAGUUGGGCAGUGGUGAUAAUGCAGAAGUUACUGAAUAUCUUGAUGUGGAUAUCAAAGGGAGCGUAAGUAGCGGUGACAGCAUUGAAGUGCUGAGAACAGAGAGAUCUACUUCAGUGCUUACACAUUCAGAGAGUCAACCAUGCAUGCGGCUUCAUCCAAGUCCACAGCCACCUCGGAGGAGGGCAGCUGGCAAGAGAACUAUUAGUGAGGACAGUAUUGAAGUACUUAGCACAUGCACAUCAGAAACUGUAAUACCUGAAGAUUUUAGGGCAGCUUACCAAAUCGCCAUUAACGAAGAAGAACCAUGUUUAGAUGAGGAAAGUGGAGAGCCUCCAUGCAGUGCUGGUGCUAAUGAAAAAUCUGAAACGCCUGUCAAUGAAUUGCAAGAAGAUCCUGCUUGCUGCAUUGUUGCAGAUAAUUUAAGCACUGUGCAGCAUAAUGGAGACCUAGAUCCAGACCCUGCUGGGGGAGACACUGUCAUUCGUGUUCCACCUCAACCAUACAGAUUCUCAGACCCGACAUUUCAAGUGAAACUCUUUGUGGACAAGGAUGAGAAUCUUUCUGAUGAACCUGCCUGCCCAGUGCUUUCCUAUCAUGAACCAGAGUCCAGCCAUUUAUUAAGCAGUAGGGAAGCUAAACAACUGACUCUUGAAUACUCCGACUCAUUGAGUCACAAGAGCAGUGCUUCUACUUGUUCUGAUAGGACACCUUCUCCUCCUCCUGUUGUAGGUGCCACUGAACGUCACAGAAGGAAAGCUGGUCAUAAUGCAUUAAGGUUUAUCAGACAGUACCCCUUCUCCCAUCCUGCCAUUUAUUCACUUUUGAGUGGGAGAACGCUAAUAGUAUUGGGAGAAGAGGAGGCCUUUGUUAAAAGACUUGUGACUGCCCUGUCUAUAUUUGUCCCCAGCUGUGGACUUGCUGCCAAACCUAUAAAGCCCUGGGUCACUACCCCUCUGCACAUCACAGAUUUUCAGAAGUGGAAACUGAUUGGACUUCAAAGGUACAGUAUUUAGUGUAAAGUUAAAAGCGCUGAAGUUUUCUGCAUAAACUGCUUGCAUGGCCCUCAAACUAGUUCCUUUCUCCAAAUGAGUCAUAUACACUAAAAGGGAACAGGAAUUUGGCAUUAGUUGUGAAGAGAUUUUUCCUAUCGCAAUUUAAUAAGCACAUGUGUUGAGAAUCACACCCAUAUAAAUAGUUAUAACUUCCUGAGUGAUCAGCAACACCCAAGUUAUUAACCCCUUGAGAAAAGGGGGGAUGUGUCAGGUGGUCACUCCAAAACAGAAAGUCAAUAGGCAGCAGUAACCGAUACAAGGAUUCCCAGCCUUGUAAAGAAACAGUAUAGAAGAAAAAGGAGGAAACCGCGCCUUGCAUAAGUUGUAUAUACAUACACUUGAUGUUUCUUAGUAGUUGUGGAUAAUUUAUCCUCAAAGAGAGAACACAAAGAGAAUAUACAAUAGUGUAAUAUGUUUAACAAUAUUGAAAAAAGGUGAUAAAUGGAGGUAUUUUAGACUCACAUUUGGUAGAGCUAUUAUGGGAGCUCUACCGUAAUUUGCAUGGACGGUAUAAUCCCCGUUUUAGGAUUAGAGGUCCAACGUCUUUGGCACUCCGAUGGUGUAGUGGUGCAGAUAAAAAUGGAAAAGAAGAAACUCCAAUGGUAUAGUAGUUCCAGCUCCAAGUAUAAAUUAAUAAAUGAAAGUAAUUAUACUCACAUUUGCUAGAGCAGACAACUUGCUCUAGUAUAUAGGGCUUGCAGUGGUAUAAUCCCCACUGUAGGAUAUGUAGGCCAGGAAGUUGAUGAUGAAAAUAAAUUGUAUAGUAAAAUAGGGUAUCACUUUAAAAGAUAUAUUUAGUGAUAACACAAGUAAAAUAAAAUGCUAUAUAAGUGUUAUUUUAUAUAGCAUUUUAUUUUACUUGUGUUAUCACUAAAUAUAUCUUUUAAAGUGAUACCCUAUUUUACUAUACAAUUUAUUUUCAUCAUCAACUUCCUGGCCUACAUAUCCUACAGUGGGGAUUAUACCACUGCAAGCCCUAUAUACUAGAGCAAGUUGUCUGCUCUAGCAAAUGUGAGUAUAAUUACUUUCAUUUAUUAAUUUAUACUUGGAGCUGGAACUACUAUACCAUUGGAGUUUCUUCUUUUCCAUUUUUAUCUGCACCACUACACCAUCGGAGUGCCAAAGACGUUGGACCUCUAAUCCUAAAACGGGGAUUAUACCGUCCAUGCAAAUUACGGUAGAGCUCCCAUAAUAGCUCUACCAAAUGUGAGUCUAAAAUACCUCCGUUUUCUUUAUCACCUUUUUUCAAUAUUGUUAAACAUAUUACACUAUUGUAUAUUCUCUCUGUGUUCUCUCUCAUUAACCCCUUGAGGACUGAGACAGUUGUACAAGUUGUGAUCAAAACGUAAACAAAACCUUGAAUUUGCGCUGGAUGUCUGUUCAGGCAAAAUUCACCUCUUUCAUAUUAAAGGGACACUCCAGGCACCCAGACCACUUCUGCCCAUUGGAGUAGCCUGGGUGCCAACUCCCACUACCCUUAACCCUGCAAGUGUAAUUAUUGCAGUUUUUUAUAAACUGCAAUAAUUACCUUGCACGGUUAACUCCACCUCUAGUGGCUGUCUACUAGACAGCCACUAGAGGGCACUUCCUGCUCUAUAGCACCUCCAGCGUAGCUCAGUUCCCCAUAGGAAAGCAUUUUCAGUGCUUUCCUAUGGCGAGCUCUAAUGCGCAUGCGCAUUAGGUCUCCCCGGCUGGUUGGCAGGAUCAGUCUCAUCCACCGGCCUACAUAAUCACUGGGAGGAGUGGCGGCGAGCAGAAACCACUGCCGAGGGACAUCAGCGGGGUCCUGGCACUGGAGUUUCCCUUUAAAUGCAACCACACUUAUUAUAUAUCAUUUUGUUCAGGAGAAACAGGACUUUCAUGUCAAAUCAAUAUUUAUAUAUUAAACAUAAUUUAAUAUGAAUACAAUGUGAAAAUGCACAUAUUUGUAUUCAGUCAAGUCUCACAAGUAAAAUAGCACCCCCCAAGUACAGUUUUUAGUACUUAAUUUACCACAUUAAAUUUUUUUAGUUUACACACAUUGAAAUUCGCCAGAUUGUUUACGUUGCCUUUGAGACCGUAUGGUAGCCUAGGAAUGAGGCCAAAGUUAGCAUUCUAAUUUGUAUGUGUGAGGGGAAAAUGCAAAAAACAGAUUUGGACGCUAAUUUUGGCCACUGUUGGUGACUAGUGGCUACUAAAAAAGACUGAACAUACCCCAUUUGCAAUACCUUGGGUUGUCUGCUUUUGCAAAUGGUAUGCCAUCAUGGGGGUAAUUCUCAUUCCUGGGCUACCAUAUGGUCUCAAAGGCAUCAUAACCAAUCUGGUGAAUUUUAAUAUGAAAAUUCUGUAACUUUUGAAAACACCAUAAAACGUGUACAUGGUGGGUACUGUUAUACUCGAGAGUCUUCGCUGAACACAAAUAUUAGAGUUUCCAAACAUUACAACUUAUCACAACAAUAAUAUCAUCAGUGUAAAUGCCGUUUGUGUGUGAAAAAUGCAAAAAAAACUGCUCUUUCACAGACAAUCAUUGUUGUGUGAUAUAUAUAUAUAUAUAUAUAUAUAUAUAUAUAUAUAUAUAUAUAUUUUUUUUUUUUUUUUAAUGGUUUUGAAACACUAUUAUUUGUGAUCAGCGAAGUCUCCUGAGUAAAACAGUACCCCGCUAUGUACUGUUUUUAUGGUGUCUUGGAAAGUUACAGGGUUAAAUAUAGGGCUUGCGUACCAUAUUCUCUAGACUUUCUGCCUGGUUGUCAGGCAAGUCCCUCAAAUAGUAAUUAAUGAAAUGACCUUAAUCAUGUAAAAAUAUUAAUAAAUAUAUAUUAGAAUUUUUAUAUAUAUAUAUAUAUAUAUAUAUAUAUAUAUAUAUAUAUAUAUAUAUAUAUAUAUAUAUAUAUAUAUAUAUUACAUAUAGAUGUAUAUUUAUAUCAAAAUACAGUUGGAGUGAAAGUAUACAGGUAUAUAACUUUUUUUCAAUUUUAUUUCAUCAAUUAUUUUUUAAUUUUUUAAUUUUAUUUAUUUAUAUAUAUAUAUAUAUAUAUAUAGUCAUUAAGUGUAUUUUAAUAUUUAAUAUUACAGUACACUUAGAUUAAUAGUGUGUGUAUGUGCAUAUAAAAGUACUUAGAUUAUAUAUAUAUAUAUAUAUGAUCUAAGUCAUUUACUGUAUUAAACCUUUUUUUAUUUUUUUAUUUUACUAACGAUGAAAACUUUUUUACAGGCAGCAGUGGGACAGCCUGAGAGCUCAGGCAGUCCCCCUGCUGGCAUUGUAUGAGCCAGCUAUUCCGGCCAUGUGAUUACAAGGACCCCUUAAUCACAUGGCCCUCGAGGUCCGGAUCGGGGGCUGCUUGGGCUCCCAGGCAGCCCCCCCGGAUCGCAACUUCCGACAUGGGAUCGGCGGGGACCCGGUAAGUCCCCUGGACGGCGAAGACGUUCUGUGCCACCCUACAGCGUUUAGGACUGCCCAAAAAAGGACGCCAUAGAACGCCCGCUGUCCUUAAGAGGUUAAUAUUUGUACACAAGUGAUUUUUGUUUUAAGAUAUCUGUAUUUAAAUUUAAAGGAACACUCCCACACCCAAAACAACUUCAGUUCAUAUAAAUUGUUAUGAAACAAGUAGUAGUGCCCAAGCACCGUCUUACAUUCAGUGGUUAAACUGUUUUUCAAAGGUGUAUUCCCAAAUCUGGGGCUCUAGUGCUGACACAGAUGAUCCCCCAACUUCCCUUCUCUUAUGCAGUAGGGCUGAAGUUUAGCUGCGUUCCCGGUAAUAGACUUAGAGCACCCCCAAUUUAAUGGUUAAACAGUUUAACCCUAUGAAGGUAUGACUGUGCCUGGACACUCCUGCCAAUUUAUUAUUUGUUUUGUGAUAAAUGAUCUAUUUAUUGCUUUUAGAGCUGUUAUUUGUUAAAGUGUACUUUUCAUGACUGGUUCACUCUAAAGGGUUAUUCCAACCACCAUGGCCACUUCUAUUUUUUGAAGUGAUCACGGUGGUAGGAGUCUGGAAAUACUUGAAACCAUGCACAUUUAGAUAUAUUUUCAAUUUUGUGUCGGGUGCAAGUUGCGCCCUCGGCACAUGUGACUUAGCCCUGAGCUUCCAUCGGGGAGAUUUGCCUGGUGCUGGAUUGAGUUAAGCAAAGCGUCUUUUAUAACACUGUUUGAACGUUUAUUUUGGGGUGGCAUGUAGAAUUAUGAAAAUAGGGCAUUAUUCUAUUUCACACAAAGGGUUGGAGAAAUCUGCAUUCAUAAUAUCAGUUGCAUCCACAAAUGUAUUUAUUUAUAAAACAUUUUACCAGGAUGGAUACAUUGAGAUUUCUCUCGUUUUCAAGAAUACCCUGGCAUUGUUUGGCUGAGUGCCUGCUCAAGGACUAAUUUUUCUGUAAAUUUGCUCAUCACUGUAUUGUUUUGUUUUAGAUUUUCUCCUUGUUCAAAUAAUAUAUAUUUAAUUGUAUUGCUUCUAAUGUUUUUGUGCUAUAGAGAAGCCUCUCCAUCCGGGUCUCACAUCAUGCACUCCCUGAACCGGUAUAGCCGAUAUGCCAGUGUCCUGGAUGCAGACAACAAAACACUCCGCUGUCCUGUGUAUAAGGGUACCCUCCUUCAAAGAAUGGCUGACCAUCGCACACAAAUCAGAAAGGGCAGCACAUACUACAUGCACGUGCAAUGUAUGCUAACACAGCUGAGCUCCAAGGCUUUCCUGUUCACAUUCUGCCCUCACGCUCAUCUCGCAAUCCAUGAGAAAGAGAGCGAAGAGUCUAUUGCUCAGCGGAGGGCUGUCUUUCUACACCAGCUGCUUGGCCUCUCCCAGGAGGACAGUAGGAUAGUGGAAUACCUAUCCGAGCUUCUCAAAAUGCAUUAUCUGAGAUCCUCAGGAACGCAACUCCUCCCUGUUCUCAGGUUCGACUAUAUCCCUAGCUUUUUAUACAAAAUCUGACCCUCCACGAUGCCAUUUAAGUACUUUCUUCUCUCAGAGAGGCUGUGGGUGACUUACGGAUGCAGACCCAACAAUGGAGCAUGACAAUUUUGCACCACAAGCCAGGAUAUAUAGUUGAGGAAGUUUAUCUAGUUGAUGGUUUGUGUUGUUUUGUGUAUGUUUAUAUAUAAUUUUAUGGUACCGGUUAUCUGAACACAUACUACUGAGAAAGCAGAAUGCCAGCGCAGCCAGGUGGGUCACCGAGUAUUACCCAGAGUGUCUAGAUACAGGGAGUGAUCAUUUUCUUAGCCAUUGGAAGCCAGUUUGGCUAUGCCAUGUGAAUGGAUAUUAUUUGCUUUUUAAACCUCUGUUAGAGGUUGUGCCGCAUCAUUUUGUCUGUAAAUAUUUCAUCUCAUUGACUUGGUUAUAGUGCCUGGAUACUUUGGCACUGUCCUUUCAGUAUUAAACUAUUUUCAAAUAGUUUUACACUAAAUGAGUCCUUGGCCUCUCACAGCCCCGCCUUUAUUGGAGGCGUGACUAAUGCAGAGAAUAUACUUCCUUCUACCCAUACAAAUAGAGAUCAGCAAUGGGUGUUGUAAAAGGCUGAAAGUGGCCAGUUCACACGAUCAGUAAAUCUUUGCUGCCCACUUUUGCUGAGGCUAAUGCUUCUUCAUUAGCUCAUGCAGCACAAAGGAUAAGGAUUGCUGUGGAAACUCUUUAGCAGUAAAACAUUAACAGUGCUUGGCUUCAUAUUCUAUAAUCACUUCAAUGAGAUGAAGCAGUUACACUGCCUACAGUGUACCUUUAAAGGACAACUGUCAUACUUUCACUUCUCAUUUUUAUUUUUAAAUCUUUAUUCGAUUUAAGGAAACUUAGUGGUUUGUUUUUUUAGGGAAAAAAAAAAAAUCACUUUCUCUGUGUGAGCAGGCAUCUAGGUCAGAUUAUAUUAUCUGCUUUGAUUGCUUCGUGCGGCAAUUUAGGUUGAGCAGCAGUUUUUCAGAUAAUAGUAGAAUCUGACCCAACAUAACUGCUCAGGUAGAUAAUAAAAAAGAAACCAAAAAACCUUUUUUCAGUAAAUGUAAUAAACUUUAAACAAAAAAAAAAGUGAAAAUUUGAUGGCCUCUCCACAUGAUGGCAAGUUAAAGUCUAGAUAUUCUUGUGAUAAGUCAUAGGCAUUGAAGCUUAUCAACAGCACUAGGCAUUAGCUAUCCCUGCUCCAACACAGAUCAUCCUCAGUUUAUAUUACUAUAUUUAGUUUUUUUGUUUUGCAAUAUGGAUUGCCCUGAAACAUAUUCAACAGAACCGAAAUCUUCCUGAUGUUACAGAAUAAACUAACAGCAAUCUUGCAUUGUGCUUUCUAAGAGGAACCAGCACUAUAGAAUCUAAUCAGAAUGCAUUGUGCUUUCUAACUGUAACCCAGCACUGUGCAUUUUACAUGGAGUCUGGCAUUGUACAUGGUUACAGCUACCAGCACUACGUUGAACUGCACAUUUCGUCACACUGUAAGGUAAUGCCCUUGUCGGAGAUAUAUUUCAUUUGAUGAGCUGUGUAAAUAAGACCUAUAUUUUGUAUACAGUAUAUUCUAGCAGAAACCCAGUAAUGUGUGUGCUAACAGACCUUGGCUGACUGUGAUUAGAGUCCCUUGGUGACACAGCACUACAGUUGAAUAAUUAGCAGUUCUGAUUUACAUUUGGGACACUCCAGAAAGAGGUCAUGCUUUAAAACGGCACCUUAGCUAUUUGUUUAAUGCUUUGCAAAAACCUUUAUUUGCAUUACAGCAUAUUUACUGAUAUGUGUUCUGAUCGACAUCUUUACUAAGCCUGAAUCUCUGUGGGGCAGACCUGUUUAUAGAUUAUUUUAAGCAUCUCACUGCAGCUGUUAAUUUGUAUUUCGUGUACCUGGCAAGGCUUCACACAACCACUUCCUUUCUGUUCUCAGUUCCAGUGAAAUUGUGGGAGACGUGGCCCCAUAUUGCACUAACCUUUACCAGGGAGUUCGCCAGUGUUCUUUGCAUUGCUCCUUCUAUUACCCAUACACUUCCGAUUAUAGAAUAUUUAUUGUAAAUAUCACUGAAGAAGUUAGAUUAUUAUAUCAAGACUGAUAUGAUCGUAUCAGUGGCCAAAAGGCAGCUUCCAGCCUUCUAGAACUAUUGCUCCCAUGAUGCUUUGUCAAUUAGACCUGGGGAAGUUGCCUUCUGGCCACUCUAGUGUUCACCUUCUUACAGUAUUAAAGGGACACUAAAGUAAACCAGCACCACUACCAGUAUAGUGGUUCUGGUUUCUGUAACCUGUCCCUGCAUUCUUUUUAGGAAAAGGCAGUGUUUACAUACCUGCCUAGUAGCACAUCUAGUUGCAGUCACUCAGAUGGCCACUAGAGGUGCUUCCUAGUCCAGUGCUGCACAGAGUGCAUGACCUACGUUACUCAUCUCCACGCCCUGCAUGGAGGCACUGAAUGUACAAUGCAUCUCUAUGGGGUUCAGUGCCUCCGCAAUAGCCUCCUCUGGGAUAGCAUUGGAUUGGCUGAGAUUAUCAAGACUGAUUAUAUCCUCCAUGGAGGCGGAGUGAGACUGGCGUGGGAACAAAUUAGUAAAAUCGCCUUUUAACUGAGCUCUAAAGGGAGUGGGGACCUAAAUAAAUAGUUUAACACUAUAGUGUCAGAAAUACAUAUUUGUGUUCCUUUAAUGUAGAGCCUGAAGAAUGUCAUAAACACAUAACCUGCAAUACACAAAGUGUGUAUCAGGACAUCCACAAGAUCAUCCCUUGGAGUGUUGAUGUACUACAUUUCCCUUUAAUUCUCUGCAGAGAACUGUGAGAAGUGUAUUUCAAUAAAGUUCAGGCAGCCAAGGAAAGACAAGAGGAACAAAAAGGCAUUUUUGUAUUUAUGUCCCUGAUUUUUGACAGCGCUGUCACGUCAUGUUGCAGUGACACACUUAUUUUUAAAUUAUGUUGAAGCAAGUCAGAAAAAUUUAUUUUCUGUAGAAAUUUUCAUUGUUUUUUUUUUUUCUUUAUCUAUACUCCACGUGUUGACUGUAAACACAGUUUAAUUUAGUCCAUUUUAACAUUAAAAUGGUGAAGUUUUAUACCAACUGCUAUAAUUUAAUUUUGGGCCUGCACUGGGCUAAGGCAUGAAAUCGUGAUUAUUAUUUUUUAUUUGUAUUUGGAAAGGCAUUGUUACUAUGAUGUAAGAAUAUUUGUUCAUCUCUUUGCAAGUCACAAUAGUGUUAUUUAACUAUUUUACCUUGAAAACAAUUGCUGUUAAAGGGAUGAACCUUGCCCAUGAUGAUGUCUCUGUUUUAAAAGCACUGAUCUAUGUCCUAGCUGGAAAAACUAAACUAAUGCACAGCUACUGCUAGUCCUGUAACAUCUCACUGCUCUUUGAACGUUUACGUCAUAUUAGCUCAAUUCAUUUAGCUACAUACUAAUCAAAAGGUCAGGAAUAGUAUUUAAAACUGGCUUUAGAAAGACCAUUGAAUCGCUGUAGAAUUAAAAUAUGUUUCAAAUGUUUAUUUGGACCAUCUGAGGAUAUAUUGAAUAGCCAUACAAAGUUACUUAAUGAUCUACAUAUUUUAAGAUCAUAUUUUUGCACUAAUUGUUACAUGUACAAGUCUUCUAAUUUUGAUUUUGUAAUAUGAGUUAUUAAUAGGAUUAAGUUCUUGAAUUUCUUUAUGGGUGACUUGCCAAAUUUAUCAAGUGUCAGUCGUGGUAUGAUUUUAUAAAGCAUCUGUUCUCUAAUCUAGUGGGGGCUGAAGGCAUGAAUAACUCUACACUUUGUUAUAUAUACUACAUUCAGGAAAUGUUUUGUUGUUGUUAAAUGUCCCUCCAACUAUUUAAUUGUAAUUGCUGUCUGACAAACUGAUUUGUGUUGACCCCUAAGUCGGUGUGCAAGUCAUGGUAACCUUGGUGCAGGCUCUAAUACAUAACAUUAAUGCGGUUCAUUAUAUUUCUGCUUAUACUAUUAACUAAGCAGUUCAGUAGAUUGGACAGCUUUACCUGUGUGUUGGCCAAUCAAAGAGAGAGACCGAGUGCUCCUGGUGGAGGCCUGUGUUUAUCGAUAUCAAUACACUGGGAUGUUCUGCGUAUUACCAUUGGCUAUUUACCAAGGAGAUAACUAUCCUGUACAUCACACUGAACAGGUCCAACACAUUUGUCACUUGGACUGAUGUAUACAAACUCCUGUCACUAUCUGGUCUCUUGUUAAUGUAAAUGUUUUAUUUUUCCAACUUUUCACAAGCAGUUUUUUUUUAAAUUGGGGUUUUAAUCAACCAGUGGAUCUUGCCAAUGUUUUUGAAUCCAAAAUGUCAUCUGACACAGACCUAAAAAGUACUGCCUUGCAGUGUGCAGAAUUCAUAUGAAGCAGAAAUGGAAUAAACUCAAGACCCCUGCUACUAGCCAGACCUAAAAGCUCAUUGCCGCUGCAAGCCUGGAGGGCCAUGCAACACUCACCAGUGGUGAAUGUCUCCUUGCAAAUGGCUAGCAGAAAGUGUGAGCCCAGAGAUUGUCAAGGAGCUGCAUUGAUUAGUUACUUGAUUACCCUUCAGCAGCUCGUGAAUUCUAUACAUUACAAGAUGACAUUUUCCAUGUGCUUCCCUUCGGCUUGUAAAAGUGAUGUCUAGUAGAAUACAGUGAAGCCGGCUUUCCUUCGUCCAGCUGCUAAACCCAACCCUUGUUCUAGUUCUGCUAUAUAUUUAAUGUGCCAUUCGUUGCAGCAGACGUGCACUAUUUGAUUAACUCACCUCACAUAUAUGGAGUCAAUAAGAUUUUCUUAUGCCUGUCCUGGAUAUUGUAUGGUGCAGUUUGAGGUUUGUUUAAAAUGGCAAAUUACAGGCAGGCACCUGUUUAAACGAUGAAACGAAACUGCAUAACUGAUUUAAGAGCUUGGUAAAGUUAGAAUAAAUGUUUUCAUUCUCAAGCCAUCUUUCUUCUGAAAGUCACUUUAAUUUGCUAGUCUCCUAGUUGGGCCCAUAAACGCACUAUGCUGUGGAACAGCACAUAAAAAGAGAUGGCAUGCUGUAUGAUUGGAGUGAGAAAUCAAGUAAUUAAAAUCAAUUCUAGUUAUACUUCCUUGCUUCAUGAAUUGACAUUGUUUUCUACAUUCUGCAGAGCAGCACUUUUUUUUUAGACUGCCCAUCGGUUUAAAGACCGUUGUAAAGUGGGUAGUGAUUGUCUCCACUUAGAGGCACUUUGGUGAAUAACCCUAAAGCCCUAAUUUGAGUUGGGAAACUCGGUGUCUUCUUAAAUAGGCAAUCUACGCACCAUAACCAGCUUGGUAUGUCCAGUAUUUUCUCAAAGUGAGUUAUGGGGUUGCACAAAAACUAUCUAGGGCAGGGAAAUGUUUGGUACUCUAGCUGUUGUUGACGACAUCUCCCUUAAUACUUAUAGCCAUAAUUCUGGCAAAGCAUCAGCAAAGAUGUCCACAAAAGAGUGCUGAAGGUAGCCUAGUCCUGAUUUUAGGGCAUACGUGAGAUAAUUUUUUUUUUAUUUACCCCAUGAUUUGGGUAAUGCACAGCUGUUUUUGUGUGUGAUCUUUUAUUCUCCUCUGAAAUAACUGAGUUGUCUUCAGGUAGUGAAGGAACCAUAACAUAUCUGACCUGUCAACAGCCCCAGUUUGUUUCAUUCAAUAAGCGCUUCUAGUGGCAUGUCACUCACAACCACUUAUUGUGAUCCAAAGCCCUGCGUCCAACUGUAUUUUUCUGUUUGUUUGUAAUUCACUGUGACUUAAUUUUUUGUAAAACUGUGAAACUUUUAGAAGCUUGGAAAGCUUCCCCUCCCUACAAAAAAAAUUAUCAUGUACUUUUUAAAUCAACUUUAUGCACAAAUGAUUAUAUGAACUUAUGUUUUGGGAAAUGUAUUUAUUUUGUUAGCUGCUGGGGAAAUAAAGUGUGUUUAUGCCAGAGAUGGCACUGCUGCCCUGAAGAAUCUGAAUUGUCCUUUGUGACCAGUGACCUCAGUCCUAAUACAAUUUAACCCAACUUUACCAUUGCCUGGGGUGGAAGUAAUUGGUGGCAUGGAAAGGAAAUUCUGCCGUGUGAAUUGUCCUAGUUUAGGCAUUUCAGGGUGGCAGUGCCAAGGGAAAGGAUGGUGCAUGUGUGGGCCCUUAGAUAUGUGAGCAUCAUUGCUCAAAAUGCUGCAUGUAUGCAUACUUUGUGUUUAAUUUUGCAGAGCUGGAGACCAGUCAGAAUAAAGAAUGUUUAAGCCUCUUCUGAGUCCCAUUUGUGCAGUUGGUUUUUGUGAAUAAACGUGCAAUUUUUUCCAAUACCGGGCACUUAAUUUCACUUCUGGUUCUUUGACUGUCCAGCCAAAGGGGUUUUACAUUCAGGGAUGUGUGUUAAUUGUCAUGAAGUCAAAUUUUAGGACGAAAAAAAGCUGAGAACUGCCUUGAAGAAUGUGUCUAAUUUGGGCUAAAAU